AUGAAAAUACUCUCCUUUCUGGCCACUACGCUGGCCUAUGCUACACCCAUCCUCGGGCAAAUCAUCUCCUACACUCCCUCCGAAGGCAGUGGAAUUUCGUACUCCAUCAACAUCCCCCAACGCACAGCCGUCAAUGGAUCCGGCCCCAUCUUCUUUCAAUUGACAGCGCCCCCUCCUAUCCAGUGGAUAGCCCUGGGACAAGGUGCCCGCAUGGUCGAUGGGAAUCUAUUCAUCGUGUAUGCCGGCUUAGGCGGGAAUAUCACUCUCUCAACACGACGGGCUAAGGAUCAUGUCGAGCCAAAGUACAACUCCACCGUUGAUGCAUUUCUGCUCGACGGGUCGGGGUUUCAUCAUGGCAAUAUGACAGCUAACAUCCAGUGCAAUGACUGCAUGCGUUUAUUCGACGGACGGCCGAUCCUCGGUCCCCAGAGUGAUUGGAUCUGGGCCAUGGCGCACGGCGAACCCAUCAUGUCGUCGAACGUCACCCAUCCGAUCUCUCAACACGACUGGCACGGUAUCUUCACGCUAAACCUAACCGAAGGCGUCGGGGGAGAAACAGAAAACCCCUUCCUCGUCUCAUCACACACAAUCAUCGACCACACCUUCAAGUCCCCACAGCAGCAAAUCAGCGACGCGCGUCUGCACAAGAAACGCAUCGCGCACGGCGUCAUCACAUCCGUCGCUUUCGUCCUGCUCUUCCCUAACUUCGCAUUGACUCUCUAUAUCCUCCCCUCCCGCUGGACAGUCCCCGCCAUCCACGCGCCCCUGCAGAUCUUUGCUGUUGCUCUGGCUCUAGCCGGGUACGCCAUUGGGUUCUCCGUCGCGCACGAUCUCCAGGAGGGUAACGACUACCAUCCGCUUCUGGGGCACAUCGCCGUCCUCGGCGUUGCAGUACUAAUGCCCAUCAUGGGUAUAAUCCAGCAUCUGCGCUUCCGCAAAUACGGACUCAAAACGAUCUGGGGUGUUAUGCAUCGCUAUCUCGGACGCUUUCUCAUAGCCCUGGGAAUCAUCAAUGGAGGCGUGGGUUUCCACUACGCUAUCGGGAAGAACCCGAAUAUACCUCCUGCGUCGCCGAUUGCGUAUGGUAUCAUAUGCGCGUCUGUGGGUUUGAUUUAUGUUUCGGUGAUUUACUGGAGACGGUCAAAGACAAAGGCCCGGAAUGCGGCGGCGCAGGCGCAGGCUGGGUCUGAGGAUACGCUGGCUGAGAAUAAGGCAAUUCCUGUUCAGGAGCGUGCUGUCGAGUCGACAUCAGUCUCAACGGCGGUGUCAGGGUCGGGAGGGUCGGGUUCGACGUCGACGUUGAAUCCGAGUACCACCAAUGUUAGUGCCAAUGGUGCUAAGGAAAAACCACUGGGUCCUUAG